CCUUUCAUUUAAACAGUCACCCAUAGCAGCCCACCAAAUGCACAGUGACACACAGACAGAAGGAACAGGAUGUGCCUGCGCAGGUAGAGAGAAGUGAAAAGUAUAAACUAGGAGAAGCUUAAAGGGGACUGGAUGAACAAGCCAAAGAGCAAGGAAAAAUCUGAUGGGCAACUGAAGGCCUACUGGACUUGAUUGGCACAACGAUAAACUUUUCCACCUGUUAUUAUGGAGACCUAUUGUGGAAGACCGAUGUCUGGAUAAAACUCUUAAAGGAGUCAAACUGGAAAGGAAACUUUUUUUUUUUAAUGGACAACACCAAGACAAGACAGUAAGCAGGACUAAAUUGAAACUUUAGUGGACAUCUGCUGUAUUAUGUAAGACAAAGAAAAAUAUGGUUUAUUCAGUGCUUUUUUAAAUGACUUUUCAGCACUCGAUAUAAAUAUCAUUUAAGGACUUGUGUGUCAGUAAAAAAGCACAUUUUAACUUUUUUGCUCUGUGAAAACUGACUGAGAAACAUCAACACAUCUGUCUGUAAAUGUAACCUGAUUUAAAGCAUGCUGCUUUAAUUACAAGGCAAGUUCAGACAUUUGUAAUUAGUGGUCAUCUUUAAGAGCAAACCAAGAAAAGGGUGAGGUCCAUGUGAGAAAGGAGAGUAGGCCGUAAGAACACCAACACUAAGUCAAAGAAUAUUCCAGAGGAAGACAUCAAGGUCUCAAAGGCUCAUCAACGUUAUGGAUCCUAAUGGGGGACAUUACCUCAACAAGGACGCUGUGCUGUCACCUUUAGGUGCAGCCCGAAUAUGCCAGCUGGUACUUGGCUGCACCAUAAUCGCCCUGGUGUCCCACAGCGCAGGUUACAGUGCAAAUUAUGGGACUUUCUGCAUGUUUGUUUGGUGCUUCUGCUUCACCAUCACACUGGUCGUGUUCACCUUGGACAUCACACGGCUCCACAGCUGCAUGCCAAUAUCCUGGGAUAACUUCACUGUGGCCUUCGCCAUGUUAGCAACACUCAUGUACAUCACUGCUUCUGUGGUCUACCCGGUUUACUUUCUGCAAACAGAUUACGCUGAUGAGGACUAUGAAGUUCAAAUCUACCGCAUUUCUGUCACAGUCUGUUCCAGUGUUUGCUGCUUCCCGUAUGGAGCCGAGGUAAUUCUGACCAGAGCAAAACCAGGAGCUGUGGUGGGCUACAUGGCCACAGUGUCUGGUCUACUCAAGGUGGUCCAGGGUUUUGUGGCCUGCAUUAUUUUUGGGGCUCUUGCUAAUGACAGUGAGUACAACCAGUACAUUGCCACCCAAUAUUGUGUGGUGGUGUACAGCCUUUGUUUUUCUCUGACGGUGAUCGUCAUCAUAUUGACGGUGUCUGGAAGAACGUCAGCCCUGAGGUUCCCCUUUGAUCGUUUUGUGGUCGUCUACACGUUCUUUGCUGUGAUCCUCUACCUCAGUACCGCACUGAUCUGGCCCAUCUUCAGCUUUGAUAAAAAGUACGGCAGCACUGCUCGUCCUGAGGACUGUCCACGUGGUGAAUGUCCCUGGGAUAGUAAGCUGGUUGUGACAGUCUUUACAUGUGUCAACCUAGUGUUAUAUUUUACUGAUCUUGUUUACUCCCAGAGGAUUCGCUUUGUCUCAAGCUCUGCUGUCUAAAAUACAAAAAAAAAACAAUGUUUUCCAGAUUUUGUGAAGGACAUAACAUAAUAGUAUUAUAUGUGAGAAAUAUCUUACAUUUACAAGGCAGUAUUAAAUAUAUUACUUUGUGCAAUUGCCUCUGGUUUGGGUCUGUACAUGUACAGCCUACUAGACUUUGUCAGUCUUACAAAGACUGAGCGAUUUAUUUAUUGAUUUUUAAUCUUUAAGUAGAAGUAAAAUGCAUCUUAUUGAUGUAUCUAGUAUGUAAAGUUGUUAGUGCUUAAAAAUGUUUGUUUAUUUCUUUAUAAAUGCCAUAUUGUGUUAGUUACAGGAUAACUGGUUUGUUAUUUUUGACAGAAAUGUAAAUGUAGGGGAUAAAAUGAAAAAUGAACCCAUUUGUCUAAAAUAUAAAGUUGUUUUUUUCUGUUUCUCUACAUUAUGAGCACUGAAUGAGUGUAGCAUUCUUUAUCUUCAUGUUUUUAAUAUUCGCCAUGUUCAAUAAAAUGUCCAAACACAUGCCAUG